AUGGCUACAGAGUCAAAGGAAGCAGCAUUCAUCUGUCGCUUAGAGGAGCAUGGGAACAGGCUUCUCAACAACCUCUAUUUUCAGCGGAAUGACGGAAAAUAUUGUGACCUGAUUAUACACACUCCAAACUCAUCCUUGCUUGUUCACGCUUGUGUCUUAUCGUCGUUUAGCUCCAGAAUUGCAUCUCUCAUUUCCAGACAGAUUUCAAGGAAUAAAAUUGGGACAUUAAAUUUCUACACAGUAGAGGUUAAGUUCAGCCAUGAUGUCAUGGAAUCAAUCGUGACUGCUCUAUAUACCGGCAUUCUCCAACCGCCAGCAAAUAUCGUGAAGGACAUACUUCUGGCGGCACGGUGGUUAAAAAUAGCUGAGAUUGUAAAUGAAAUAAGGAAGCACUCUCAACUUGAGCCGAAGCAGAAAAAUAAACCUUUAGUUAUAAAAACAGCUUCUAAAGACAAGGCAUGCCCAGAUGUGCCCAGAGAUGAAGUUACACCGGAUACUUCUAGAGAAGGUGCUUCACAUGUUAGCCACAACUCCGAGGACACUGAGGAGGGUGGUUCUGUUUAUAGUGUGGAUACUUCUUCAGAGUCAGGUUCUGAUACAGACACCUUGAACCCAGAGUCGAGUCAGAAACAAAAUUGUGAUACAGCAACCAGUGAUACCGGUAAGAUUUCUGACGUGAAUAAAUUGAACCAUGAACUUGUGGAUGCUAAUAUCAGGAUUCAUUUUAAUACGUCAGGUGUAUUUCCUGAUAACCCCGUGCAAAUGGUGGAUGUGAAACAGGAAGUUGAAGAGCUGAGUGAGAAUGAUGAACAUUUGAAUCAUUCAAACAGGCAAGUGUCAGUAGAUAGUUCCAAGUCUAGUGAAGAAGUGAAACACAAAUUGUGCCAGAUUUCUUCCGCUGCACUGCCAAAAAGGCGGAGGAAAAUUUCAAAAGUUGCAGCUACGAAGGACAAGGGGAACCCACGCAAACGGAAAAGUGCGGAUGUGAAGUCUAAAAAGGGAAAGAGAGGGCGUCCAGCAGGAGGCAGGGUCAAAGCAGGGGGAAGUAUCAGCGCGAACCUUGGUAGCACUGUUAUAGAAGAGCUGAACAUCAAUGAUCCCGUCAAAGAUGAACUGGAUCUGAUUGUCGGCGACAUGACCUACAUCAAGUGCACACACUGCCACGUCAAAUUCGACAACUUGGACCGCUAUCAGAGCCACAUCCAGAACCACCCAACACUUCAGUGCGACCAGUGCAACCAGACAUUCUUCAGCAAGUUCGCACUCACCAAGCACUUCUACUCGGCUCACAUCGGCACCGAGCACCUGAUCUGCCGACACUGCAACUACAAAGCUAAGACACAGAUAGAGCUGAGAAAACAUUGCACCGAGUCGCACAACGACAGGAAGCCAUUUGCCUGCUCCCGGGAAGGCUGCAUGUUUACGGCCAGGAAGCACCACGAGGUUUUACAGCAUUUGGUGGUUCACCGCGAGGAGCGGGAGUUUAUCUGCGAUAAGUGCAGCAUGUCUUUUAUCCGGCAGUCGGCGCUCAAACACCACCAGAGGGCCUGCUACCGACUGGAGGAGUUCCUCUGCGACUUGUGUGGCCAGAGUUUUAAUCAUAUCCAGAGUAUGAGGAAGCAUCGCCAGGUGAUUCAUUUUGGCAUCAAGCCUUACAAAUGUUCCAUAUGUUCGAGCUCCUUCGGGGACCACCGUAACUUGCACCGACACAUGCGAAUCCAUGACAACACCUUCCCGUAUGCUUGCCCUAUAUGUAAGCAACAGUUCAGACAUUCAAACUCCCUGAAGGCCCACCUGGCCAGCAGACACAAGGAUUACCCGGAGGAUGUUCAGAUCAGUCUCAUCAAGAGUAUGAUGAACACCCAGGGAGGUUCCAGUUAUAAGCGUUCUAAAACGGAUCCUUCUGACACAGAGUCCUCUUCGGGGAAGCAGGAAGGUGGCCGUAAGCGAAAGGAAAAGUCAAACCAAGUUCCUGAUAAUAUGUCUGCUUUACCUUUGACCCUCGACACUGGAGCAUUCCCAGGAGAGAGAUAUUCAAGCUUCAGCAGAAGUGACCUGGACAUGGUGGUCAAUGGCAAGUAUCAGGGUGAGUUUUCUGGCAAGGACGCUGAUUAUGGUGAUAGAAAGCAGGUCGUAGAAGAAUAUAGCCACGACCAUGCUGUUUCAGACCCCACAGAGGCUGUUGGCUCUGGGCCGUCCUGGCACCUGCCUGAAAUGUUCCCCGUUGGCAAAAUGGAGAAAAUUAGGUCGCAUCACCAGUCGGCUCCACUUGUUUCACCUCCAGUGGAGCACAUGAUCAUCACUCCAUCAGUUCAACAUUCAGCCGAACAAAUUGUUGCCACUCCACCUUUAGUGGAGCAAGCCCCACGGCUGAUGUUAUCUCCACCCGACAGUAAGGUUAUGACUGAUUCCCACCAACAUGCCCAGUCCAUCACAUCUGUGGCAGGGUUCCACUUUUCAGAGCAUAAUUUGUUGACACCGCAGUCCAGCAUGCACAAGCUGCAGCAGGCUUCACAGCAGGCCCUGGAGAGGUAUCUGUUGCAACAGCGUUGUAGCAUUGAGUCACCUAAAUAA